UGGAACUGGGAGAGAGGGCAAUGUAGAGGCAUGGCUUGGUUUUGCCUCAGCGUGCUGCUUCUGCUUUUCUCGGCCCAUGGCUGGGCAUGCCAGCAUCCUCUCUGCCGGUGUUCGGGCAGGAUGGUCUUCAUCUGCCAGGAGAGCAUCGUGACCUACGUACCCCGGGACAUCCCUAGGAAUUCCACCGAACUGAUCUUUUUCCUCACCAAAAUAAGAAUCAUCCCCAAAGGAGCCUUCGUGGGAUUUGGUGAAGUCGAAAAAAUAGAAAUCUCCCAGAACGACGCCUUGGAAACAAUAGAAUCAGAUGCAUUCUCCAAUCUUCCUGAACUCUACGAAAUAAGAAUUGAGAAAGCAAACAAUCUUGUGUAUAUUGACAGAAAUGCCUUCCAGAAUCUUCCCAGUCUCAGAUACUUGCUUAUAUCAAACACUGCCAUCAGAUUUUUGCCUGCUGUUAACCAGAUACACUCUUUGCAGAAGGUUGUGCUAGAUAUCCAAGACAACAUCUAUAUACGAAAGAUUGAAAGAAAUUCUUUCCUGGGCCUUAGUUCCAAUCGUGUUGACAUAAGAUUGAAUAAAAAUGGAAUUCGAGAGAUUGAAAACCAUGCCUUCAAUGGGACUGUCUUAUCUGAACUAAACCUAAGUGGUAAUUACCAUCUGGAAAAGUUGCCCAAUGAUGUUUUCAAAGGAGCCAGUGGGCCAGGCUUUUUGGAUAUAUCUGAGACACAGAUCAGUCAGCUGCCCAGCAUUGGAUUGGAGAACAUUAACAAGCUGGUCGCAAGAUCAACCUACAAUUUAAAGAAGCUGCCUCCUUUGGACAAGUUCCGUGCCUUGAUCGAGGCAAACCUCACCUAUCCGAGCCACUGCUGUGCGUUUGCAAAUAGGACCAAGCAAAAUGCCAUGUUACAUCCCAUAUGCAACAAAUCCUCAGUGACAGAAGACCCCGAUGGGCUAGAAUUUGACCUGGAUGAAGAUGAUUACUAUAACGCCCUGUGUAGAGAAGAAAUUCGGGUCACGUGCUUCCCUGAACCCGAUGCCUUCAAUCCAUGUGAAGACAUCAUGGGUUACAAUAUUCUCCGCGUCCUCAUAUGGUUCAUCAACAUCCUCGCCAUCACAGGAAACCUUGUCGUCUUCAUAAUUUUGGUCAGCAGCCAGUAUAAGCUCACUGUUCCUCGAUUUCUGAUGUGUAAUCUUGCAUUUGCAGACCUGUGCACAGGCAUCUAUUUGUUGCUGAUCGCCAUCAAAGACGUGCAGACCAGAAGCCAGUAUUACAACUAUGCCAUAGACUGGCAAACUGGUGCCGGUUGCAAUACAGCUGGCUUCUUCACCGUCUUUGCCAGUGAACUUUCGAUAUACACCCUGACUGUCAUCACUCUGGAGCGUUGGCACACCAUCACGUACGCAAUGGAACUGGAUCGCAAAGUCCGCUUCCGACAUGCAGUAGUCAUUAUGCUCAUGGGAUGGCUCUUUGCCUUCACCGUGGCCCUCCUUCCCAUUUUUAAAAUCAGCAGCUACAUGAAAGUUAGCAUCUGCUUGCCCAUGGAUAUAGAGACACCCCUUGCCCAGACGUAUAUCAUGUUUCUGUUGGUAUUAAAUAUCCUGGCUUUUAUUGUCAUCUGCACUUGCUACAUCAGCAUCUACUUCACCGUGAGGAAUCCCAAUGUCUUCUCAUCCAACAGCGACACCAAAAUUGCCAAACGCAUGGCCAUCUUGAUCUUCACGGAUUUCCUCUGCAUGGCGCCUAUCUCCUUUUUUGCCAUCUCAGCAUCGGUCAAGGUCCCUCUCAUCACCGUGUCCAACUCAAAAAUCCUCCUCGUUUUGUUCUACCCCAUCAACUCCUGCGCCAACCCGUUCCUGUACGCUAUCUUUACCAAGACUUUCCGCAGGGACUUUUUCAUUCUCCUGAGCAAAUUUGGCUGCUGUGAAAUGCAUGCUCAGAUAUACAGAACAGAAACAUCCUCUUCUGUUCAUACCUCCCAUAUGAAAAACGGACACUGCUCACCAGCUCCUAAACCCAGUGACGGAACUGUCUAUUCAUUAGUCCCUCUGAGUCAUGUGAACUGACGCGGAUUGUUCGUGGAUUUAUGCCAAGGAUAAUCAAAGGGUGAUCCACAUUCCCCUAGGGAAACAGAGGGAACUAUGGGGUGUGUGUGAAUCCAGACAAUUCUCAUAUUUCUAUCUCAUCAUUACAGUCUUAAAUAUACCAGACCAACAGAGGCUAAGCAUUCCUUGACCUAUUUGGUUAGUUAUUCCUACUGCUCUGUUAUAUAUGCUAGGAGAUCGUUACUAUAAUCUUCUGUUUUGGUGUAUUUGAUGUCCAUCGUCACAGACUAUUUUUUUAAAAAGCUGACGUUAGUUCACUGGUUUACCUGGCCCAGCAACAUAGUGAUUCAAAAUCAGUUGGCAGCCACACUCCAAAACAUGCAGGUCAUUGUCUUGCCUGUUUCUUGGACCACAGACCUGCACACAUGUAAAACCCAUACACAAAAACAGGAGACUGCUGGGAUUAGACUUUGGACCUUCCGGAUCCAAGAUAUGUGUUCCACCACUGCAUUAAGGGUUCUCUCCAUAGUGAGCUUGGCAAUAAAUGCAAGGUGUUCCAAGGUAACAUCAAGACAGCCAUUAGAUGAGGUACUAACUCCAUACUCGUAGAGGACAAGUCCUUUAAGUGGCUUCUAGUUGUGACAACAUUACCUCCAGUAUCAGAGGUGGCCUGCCUCUGUGGACAUAGUUGAUGUAGGACACAAGUGGGACCAUACUGUUGUCCUCACCUUUUUCUAGCAAGUUCCAAAAGGCCUCUGGUUGGCCACUGUGAGAAACAGGAUGAUGGACUAGCAGUGGCUGAUGCCCAUGGUGUUUGUUGAAGAGGAGGGCACAGCAUAGGGAAAGGGAGGGGGCAAACCAAGGCUAACAAGAAGAGCCAAAGCUAAAAAUGGGUAUUAAUGCACACGCCCCAGCCCACAGGUAAUCAGGCACACCCACAUACACUCAGCAUAUGGGGAAAGCAAAUUAGUUCCUGACCUUUCUCGUCUAGCAAGGAAGCAGGGCGGAGUGGGCUGGCUGGAGAGUCUUCUAGGUCUGUGAUGGGGCAGUGCCUCAUUUGCCAAAAUGGAGCAGCCACCACCAAGCUGGUCUAGACAUGCCUUUCUUCAACCUGUCUUGGCAUUUAUGACCUGGUGUGGCUCUUAGGUACAGUGGUGCCUCGCUAGACGAUGAUAAUCCGUUCCACUGAAAUCAUUGUCUAGC